AUAAUAAAAUAUUGGUUACUUUAGGCUUAAAACACUAGCGCUUGGGAAAUGAUUGGUAGGCUAAAUUUGACAUAAAACUUGUAAAGGAUAGUUAAUUUAUUUGAUAUGAGAUAGUUUAAAUAUGUCAAAUUAUAAUGUUAUUAUAAACCAGCCAGUCGUACUAGCCAACAUCUCUUGCAUGUCUGGGAUAAGUUCACCGCAACUUGUCCGCUACCAGUUAUGAUCAGAUCACGAAAGAUGUGACAUGCUUACGAUCAGUGGCGGACUUGCCCACCGGGAUAACGGGAAAUUUCCCGGUGGGCACCAAAGUGAUGGACCAUCACUUUGGAAAUAACGGAAAAAUGAAAAAAAAAAAAUCUAUACACAUGUGUUCUUUUUUCAGGAUGGAUGGCUCACGCAAGAGACAACGAAGAUGUUUACAUGCAACAGUUGGUGUUGUCCUCUUGGUGUUUGUUGUUGCCGUGGAUAUUGUUGAUGUUUCCAUACCUAAAGAAGAUAAAGAUAGUGUUAGUAUUAACCAUGGGGUUGAAAAGCGUCAAGCAUCAACAUCUUUUCCUUCUAGACAACCACAGAAAUUCAACUUAGGGCGUAAUAGAUCUGAAUUCCCUCAAAUUACACUUCGGGAAAUGGACCAUUUUAUUCAACAAGCAAGUGAAAUCGUCAGAGAUCGAUUCGAAAUUUUUGAACCAAGGAUCCACGAAAAUGGUGUCUGUGUUGAAACCAGGAACACCUGCUUGGUUCGCUGCAGCUACUGCAAAAACUAAAGUAUUCGCCUAUAACGUUUCCCAUCAUGCCUUACUUGCAGAAGAAACUACACGAAUAAUUGCUAACAAGUAUCACCUGAACCGUGAUCAGGUUGUUUUCGCUUUACCAACAGUCGACAUCCGGAACACUGAGCUAGGUCGAGCAUGCCCUUUACAAGUGGACUCCCCUUGCCAACCGAGUAAAUAUCGUGCCCUGAGUGGUUAUUGUAACAAUGUAGUGCAUCCUACAUGGGGAAAUGCCAACACUCACUACGUGCGCUUUCUUCCCCCUGACUAUCUGGAUGGCAUCAGCAUUCCUCGUCAGUCUGUCACCACGGAAUCUCUUCCAAGCGCACGUGAGGUCAGUUUGACUGUCCAUAAGGAUGUUGAGCGACUUCAUUCGCACUUAACAACAGUGAUGGCUGUCUUUGGAGAACUAAUUUUUCACGAUAUAGCACACACUGCUCAGACUGCUGGGUUUCAGGGUCACAGAAUCAAGUGUUGUGGUGUUUCUAGAAAAAAUUUCCACCCAGAAUGUCUUCCAGUUGCUACUUCACAAGAUGAUCCUACCUUUGGUCCAUAUAGACAAUUUUGUAUGGAGUAUAUUCGUUCUUGUACCUCACCUAGAGUUGGGUGUACUCUUGGACCUAGGGAACAGACAAAUCAGGUCACAGCUUUUCUGGAUGGAUCGUCAAUUUAUGGUUCCUCUUUAGAAGAAUCGUCUCUCCUUCGAGAGUCUUAUGGUGGACUCCUACAAACACAAAUAUCCCAGUCAGGGAAAGAGUUGCUUCCACCUGAAUACCAAAUGACAGACUGCCGAGCUGGUAGAAGAGUAAAAUGUUUUUUGGCAGGUGACGUGCGAGUAAAUGAGAACGCGGGAUUGAUGGUAAUACAUACGAUAUGGAUGAGGGAACACAACAGAAUUGCACGUGUUUUAUCUGAGCUCAACCCUCACUGGCAAAAUGAUGAACUUUUCGAAGAGGCACGAAGGAUUGUUGUAGCAGAGUUUCAGCAUGUGACAUAUAAUGAGCUCCUUUUGGAACUACUUGGUGAAGAAGUCAUGAAUCUCUAUGACCUCAAGCCUCAGACCACUGGUUAUUAUAGCCGCUAUGACAUCAAUUCAAAUCCUGGAGUAUCUAAUGUUGUAGCUUCAGCUGUUUUAGGAUUUCUUUACUCUAUGAUGCCUUCACAAUUUGAUCUGUACAGUAAGGAGACUCAAAAGGUGGGCUUCAAACCCAUGAGUCAAACUUUCUUUAAUCCAGAAGACAUGUAUAAGUUUAAUGGGAUGACUGAACUUAUGAUGGGUCUGGUCACUCAGAGGUCACAGGCUGUGGAUGAAUUCAUAACAGGAGAAAUGACAAAUAGUUCAUUCUUUGACUCUAAGUCAGGAGAAGGCAUAGACAUGGCUGCUAUGAUCAUUCAACAAGGAAGAGAUCAUGGGGUUCCAGGGUACACUUCCUGGAGAAAGUUUUGUCAUCUGCUCCCAUCUAUCAAAAGUUUUAGAGACCUGCAUCUCAUAAUGCUACCUGAAACAGUUAAUAGAAUGGUCCAUCUUUACAAAAACGUUGAUGACAUUGAUAUAUUCACUGGGGGCUUAGCAGAAAUCCCACUUGAGGGCACUGUUGUUGGGCCCACAUUUAGCUGUUUAUUGGGAAUUCAAUUUCAACAAUUGAAGAGAGGUGACAGAUUUUGGUAUGAAAAUGAUAUCCCCCCAUCUUCCUUCAACAAAGAGCAACUGAAGGAAAUCCGCAAGGUGUCGCUAGCUCGGAUUCUUUGUGAUAAUGCUGAUACUGAUGUUUUCCUGCAACCAUCCAUUAUGUUGGUAGUGAAUCCCUUCCUGAAUGCUCAACAAACUUGUGAUUCUGAAACUAUUCCUCGAAUGGACUUGACCAGGUGGAGAACAGACACACCAAGCAUGUCUAUAUCAGAAGAAAUUUUGGAAGCAUCUAUUAACCGUGCAUUCCAUGAAGCUGCAGAGUUACAGCAGACAGAAAUGAGAACAGUUUUGACUAAUGAAAUUGGUGUUGCCAAGGAAAGGAGUCCAGAAGCCAUACACUUAGGAUUUUUGCGACCAAAGAUCCAGGCUCAGAUAAUUUCUAAUCAUUCAUUAGUUCUAGAGCUGGCAUCUCAGGGUUUUGUUACUACAAUGUUGAACAGGCAACCAACUAAACGUUCCACACGUGACAUCAUGCAAGAUUUGAUGACUGCUUUACCCAACAUUGACCUUAAAAAGUUUAUUGACCCUCCAGAGGAGAUAGGUUGUAAUGACGAUGGUUUUCAAUGUGCUGCUUCUUCAAAGUUCAGAACUUUUUCUGGCCAUUGUAAUAAUAUUGAAAAUCCAACUUUGGGAAAAAGUAUGACAACUUUUGACCGACUUCUUCCUCCACAUUAUCAGGAUGAUAUGAGUGCAGCCAGAAUCCUGAGUGUUAAUGGACAGCCUCUUCCUUCUCCUAGAGUAAUCUCAACAACUGUGCAUUAUGAUAUAAGCACUCCCCAUAUUCAAAAUUCUCUGCUGUUAAUGCAGUUUGCCCAGUUUGUGGACCAUGAUCUGACAUUUACUCCAAUGAACCAAGGCCCCUUGGGAUCAGCUUUGAACUGUAAAAACUGUGAAUCUGGACUUGUUGUACAUCCAGAAUGUUUUCCUAUUCGUAUACCCAAGAAUGACCCAUUUUACCCAGUGGUGGACCUGAACACAGGACAGGCUAACUGCAUCUCAUUUGUACGUUCAUUGCCUGGACAGCUUAAAUUAGGACGACGGGAACAAAUGAAUCAAGUGACAGCAUAUGUUGACUUAUCCCAAGUGUAUGGAUCUGACAAGUGUGAUGCUCAGAAGCUGAGGGCUUUUAAUGGUGGAAGGUUGAAAUCAACUCAUCAUCCUGUGGGUGGAAAAGAAUUAUUACCACAAACUUCUGCUCGUAGUGAAUGUAGUAGAGCAUCCUCUGGUAUCUGCUUCAAAGCUGGUGACACUCGUGCCAGUGAACAGCCAGGCUUAACAGUACUGCACACAGUCUUCUUACGAGAACACAACAGGAUUGUAGGAAAUCUUCAGAGGAUUAAUCAACAUUGGAGUGAUGAAGAUCUUUACAAUAAUGGACGUCGGAUUCUUUCGGCAGUCAUGCAACAUGUGAUCUACAGUGAGUUUUUACCUCGCAUCUUGGGUUGGGAGAUGGUCACAAAGUUCAAGUUGAAGCUAAAAUCUGAAGGAUAUUACAAGAGCUACAACCCUUCCUGUAAACCUGGAAUAUAUAAUGAGUUCUCUACUGCUGCCUUCCGUUUUGGUCACAGUCUCAUCAAGCCAGUAUUUCAGCGUAUGGAAAGAAAAUAUCAGACAUUAAAAACUCCUUUCCAGCUGAGGAAUGGGUUCUUCAAUUCAGAUGUGUUGUUUCAGCGAAAUUUUCUAGACCAGAUGAUGCGAGGUCUGGUAGCUACAAGUAUGGAAACUUUGGACAAUACCAUCACGCAGGAAGUGACCAAUCAUUUAUUUGAAGAUAGUCUCACUCCAUUCUCAGGAAUGGAUUUAGCAGCUCUAAACUUGCAACGAGGGCGGGACCAUGGACUACAACCAUAUAACAGCUACCGUGAAAUCUGUAACCUCACUAAAGCACGCCAGUUUGAAGACUUAGCCAAUGAAAUGCCUGGAAAUAUUAUUGAGAAUCUUCGGCAGGUGUAUGAUUUCCUGGAUAUCAAGAAUAAAGAGGUAGAUUGAAGUAUCUCCCAACAUAUACUUGGAUAUCACAUAAA